AUGUCUUCCUCAAACCAGGCGCCAGCCUCAAGGCUAGUCGAGCAGGCAAGGAAGACCGUUGCGAAGGCUGUUGAAUAUGCAUGGGACAUUGCCGAGCUAGAUGGUCACUGGUGCGGUGAAUUGCGCUCCAAUGUUACCAUGACGGCGGAGCAAAUCUUUUUCUAUCUUGUAAUACAUCCAGAUAUGAAAGAAAUCCCCUGUGCCGACGAAUACAGACGCUACUUGCUUGGACAACAACAAGAUGAUGGGUCGUGGUCCAUUGCCCCAGAGCACCCGGGAGAUGUAUCGACGAGCUGUGAAGCAUAUCUGGCCCUCAAGAUCCUGGGAGAGUCUCCAGACGCACCGGAGAUGGAUCUAGCAAGACGCUUCAUCCUGUCCUCUGGCGGAGUAGAGAAAGUGCGCAUCUUCACGAGGUUUUUCUUUGCUCAGUUCGGGCUGUUCCCGUGGGACGCUACGCCGCAACUCCCAGUCGAAUUCAUCCUCGUACCGCCCUCCGUUCCCAUGAACGUCUACAAGUUGUCAUCUUGGGCGAGGUUGACUAUUAUUCCGAUGCUCAUAAUUGCCCAUCACCGACCGGUCUAUGCCUUGCCAAACGGCCAUUCCGCGAAGAACACCUUCCUGGACGAGAUCUGGCGGAACCCACUCGACAAAAUGGUGCCACUAGUCCCCUCAUUCCAAGAAAUGUUCAGCUCGGGCUAUUUGUCAUUUGCUUUCAGCGCUGUCGACAAGGUCCUAUUCUGGCUGGGCGGCUUGCGCAGGAACCCUCUCCGUCAGUACGCUCGCCAGCAAUGCGUGAAAUGGAUUUUGGAACGCCAAGAGCCUUCUGGAGAUUUUGCAGGAUAUAUCCCGCCCAUGCACGCCGGUGUCCACGCUCUGCUCCUUGAAGGUUACAAUGUUGAUAGCGACCCAGUCCGUCUUGGGAUUGAGGCUCUCGAAAGAUUCACCUGGCAGGACGAACGAGGAAAACGGCUCCAGGCUUGUCCGUCCCCAGUGUGGGAUACUGUGCUCAUGACGAGGGGCCUGUGCGAUGCUGGUGUUUCCGUUGACGACCCUCGCCUUGAGAAAGCAGUGGACUGGCUGAAAAGGCGCCAAGUGAUGGGGCCAGAGGGCGAUUGGCGAGUUUACAGUCCAAAUUCGACACCAGGAGGGUUCUCGUUUGAAUACUGCAAUGAGUGGUAUCCUGACGUGGAUGACACAGCUGCAGCUAUCUUGGCCAUGAUCAGCCAGAACCCUCACGCGACCCACUCCAAAGCCGUGGUACACGCGGCAAAGUGGACAUGUGGGAUGCAGAACAAGGAUGGAGGCUGGGGUGCCUUUGACGUGGACAACGACAAGCUGUGGCUGAACAAGAUCCCCUUCAGCGAUAUGGACAGCCUCUGUGAUCCUUCAAGUGCAGAUGUUACCGGCCAUAUCUUGGAGGCUUUCGGCCUCCUGAUCCAGAAAGGUCGGGAACACAAGAUCGAAAUUGACGAGGGACUUCUGGACCAGAUAGUUCUCGCAUCCCAUCGUGGCAUCUCAUACCUGGCCCGUACUCAGGAGACAAGCAGCGCGUGGUACGGUCGAUGGGGAGUCAACUACAUCUACGGCACCAGCAAUGUAUUGUGCGGGCUCUCAUACUUCACAGAGGACGAUCAAGUCAUGAGUAUGACGUUAAACGGCUCACAGUGGAUCAAGACUGUACAAAACAGCGAUGGUGGGUGGGGCGAAAGUCUCGAAACCUACCGUGAUCCGGAGAAACAGGGAAUCGGCUCUUCGACUCCUUCACAAACGGCAUGGGCUCUAAUGGCACUCUUAACGACGUGCACUUCAACCGAUGAAGCGGUGGUGAGAGGCGUCGAGUACUUGAUCCGCAACCAGAAUGAUGUUCGGGGCAAGGGCAUAUCAUGGUCUGAAAAUCUCUUUACUGGAACAGGGUUUCCAAAUUUCCUCUACAUGGGGUAUACUUUGUAUCGUCACUACUUCCCUCUCAUGGCUCUUGGUCGAUUUAUUUCUUUAUCUGGCGAAUCUGCGAGCAUUAGACUAGGGGAGCUUAUUUAG